CCAAAGGUAAGGACAUCUUAAAAAAAAAACACUACCGCGUUUGGCUUCAAUGCAUUAUACAACGCAGAAGAAAACGGACUACACCUACUAUCCGUCCGUGCCUUCUGCUUCAAAGAAAAAGACCAGCUUCGUCGCUUCCAGCCUUCGAUCUUACGGUCCUACUUCAUCUUCCAAUUGAAGCGCCUCAAGAAUUACUGAAUUGGGGAUUCCUCUUCCAAGCUACUAUCCAAGUUGUAGGUUAAUCUGCUGUUGAUCAUAUUACUCGUAGUCUUUCAAGGAUGAAUACGCAGCAAGUUGUGCAGACCAAAUCUUCUGUCAAUGGAUUUGGCUGUCGACAGCUGCAGAGUCCUAAAUCCAGUUCCAGCCGGUUGGCAACUAUAGGUAAAGGGAGUGCACUUGAAAGAGCAUCACGUGAUCGUUUAUUUUACACAACUGCAUGCCUUAUUGGACUUCAAGUAGAAGUACAGGUGUUGGAUGGUUCUGUUUUCUCAGGGAUACUUCAUGCAACUAACGCAGAUAAAGAUUUUGACAUUGUUCUGAAAAUGGCUCGCUUGAUAAAAGAUUGUUCUCGUGGACAGAAGGAUGCUUCUGAAUACCUUAGCAAGCCUACUUCAAAGACAUUCAUAAUACCAGCUAAAGAGCUCGUGCAAGUUACAUCUAAGGGCGUGCACUUAACUCCGGAUGAUGUAAAAACUGAGUACCAGUGGGAAAAGCAGCAUGAGCUAAUGACUGAUUCAUGCAUAUCACAAUCUCGACCCAUUGAGGCGGAGCGUGAAUUGGAGCGCUGGAUACCUGAUGAUGAUACUCCAGAGUGUCCUGAGCUCGAGAAUAUAUUUGAUGGCCAUUGGAAUAGGGGCUGGAAUCAAUUUGAGGUAAAUGAAACGCUGUUUGGAGUGAAAAGUACAUUCAAUGAGGAACUUUAUACAACAAAGUUGGAGCGAGGCCCUCAAAUGAGGGAUUUGGAAAGAGAAGCUUCAAGAAUUGCUAAAGAAAUACAAGGCGAGGAAACCCAUGAUGUUCACCUUGCAGAGGAAAGAGGAUCUCAACUUCAUGGAAACCUUGACAUCGAUGAGGAAACUCUGUACUCAUCAGUCUUCAGAGGGGUUGAUGACAGUGAGUUCGAUGAUUGUGAGGACAUUUUAUUGGAUGCAUGCAAUGAUGAAACAUUUCAAGAUAUCUCUAAUGCAGCCACCGGGGAGUCAUUCACCAACAUGAUCAGCAAAAAAUCUAAUGAUGGGGCUCAAGAACCAUCACCAACUUCAUCCACAGAUGAAGCUCAAUUGAGUACUCGUGGGGUUGUCUCUUCAACUAAUCAUAACAAGCAGGCUAAAGAUUCAUUGGAUGAAUGUGUUUAUGAUAUGGAUGACAGCAGGGUUCAUGAUAUUCAGAUUAGUGAACAAACUGGAGCUAGUUGCUCAAACAAGGAUACUGGAAAGCAAAAGCUAGGUGAAGAGAGAGGUGAGGCGUUAAAACCUUUGGAUUCACUUUUAUCAAAGAAAGCCCAAAGCGAAACAUCUGAUAACAAUGAUAUGUCUUCAGAUGUUGCUUCAGUUACUUCUCUGGCUGAGGGCUGUGGGAAGACGAGGGGAAUACCACAAUCUGCUAAUUCUAAAAUCUCAUCUGUUUCUGGAUUGUCAAGAAAUUCAUCUGUGAGUUCAAUGGCAUCAGAAAAAUCAAAUUUGAAUCCUAAUGCUAAGGAGUUCAGACUAAAUCCUAAUGCAAAGAUUUUUGUCCCUUCCCAAGCACCUUCAAGUCCUGCAUCUCCAGUUUCAGAUGGUUCUUUUUAUUACCACCCAUCAAAUGUGACUCCUAUUCAGCAAGUACAUGGCAUGUCUGUUGGCAUUGGGAUAGGACCAUCCUAUGCCGGACAUCAGCCAGUUCUACUUAACCCUCAGGUUGCUUCAACUCAGCAACAAUAUUAUCAUCCAAAUGGACAUCAGUACGGGCAGCAGAUGAUCAUUGGCCAUCCUCGUCAAGUUGUCUACAUGCCAACCUACCCUCAUGAAAUGCCGUGCAGGAGAGGAGAUUUCUAAGUACUGAAAAGUAGCACAAUGUACUCUCCGAGCUUUCAAAGCUUUGCUGAUGAUGGAAUACUUUUUUUUGCACACUAAGAACUGACAACACAUCAUCCAGCAAAUACUCUUCUAUGCGUUUCUGGUGUUGGGGAAAAGCAGUCAUUGAGUCUGUCAUACUAUGGUUCUGUGUUGGAUUUGCAAUUACUAAUAUAUAAUAGUAACUGGUUGGACAUGCGUCUCUUUACAAAUGUUCUCUGUAAUCAUAGAUUUAAAGCAUCCCCGAAAUUUGUACAAAUUCUUCCCCCCUUGCCCAGUUCAAAACCCUUGUUGCAGUUAUUUUGUAAUAAAAAUUUCAGGAGUUCUGUACUAUUGAAGUGAUUUAGUAUAUUAGUAUUGUGAAUUUGUGACAA